UCUGCUUGGGUUGCAUGGAUCACCAGCCAGUUGUCACCAACUAACAGACCACAGCCUACCUGACCAAUGUCAUAACUGGUGCACCUAGGUAUAAAAUUUAGUCUCACUGUCUUCGAAAAAGGCCACUGUCUGGAACCCCAUGGAACCACAUUUUUGAUUCCUUAGGCAAUUUUUACGCUAUGUGACAAACAAAAACAACACACAAGUUUGUCUCAACACAGGCUCCAUAGUCAAGAAAGCACAGCAGCACUUCUACUUUCAGCGGAAGCUGAGAAAAGUCCAUCUCCCAUCCUCACAACAUUUUACUGGGAAACUACUGAGAGCAUCCUGAGCAGCUGCAUCACGGUCUGAUUUGGGAACUGCCUCGCCUCAGAUCACAAGACCAGCGGAUAGUGAGGAUAGCUGAGAAGAUUAUUAGAGUCUCUCUCCCCUCCAUCAUGGACAUUCACAUCACACGCUCCAUCCGCAAAGCCACCAACAUUGUGGAUGACCGCACCCACCCCUCACAUAAUCUUUUCACUCUCCUAGCAUCUGGAAAAGCAUUCAGGCCUCAGGGACUGAUCUGAUACCACACACAACACACACACACACACACACACACACACACACACACACACACACACAGGUGUGUAAUUAUAAUACCGUGGGGACUCUCCAUUCAUUUCUAUGGGGAAAACUGUAAUCCCAACAUGACAACUUUAACCCCUACCAACCCCUAACCUUAACCAUAUGUAACCAAACCAAAUACAAGACUUUUGGCAUAGUUAGUUUUUUGACUGUAUUUACAGAUCUUUGUGAGUACCUGAAAAUGCCCCCCAAAACAUCAAAAUAACAGGUUUUUGUCACAUUGUAGGGACAUUUGGUCCCCACAAUGUAAUAUACACUUAAUCCACACACACACAGAGAUUAGGUAUCUGAAUCUUUGUGGAGAUUCUCCAUUCAUUUGUACGGGCGUAACCCCAAUCCUAACUAUGGCAACCUUAAACAUUGCAGUAGUUACCAAGCAGUAACAGUAAGCAACCAAACAAAAUGCAAGACUUUUUGAAUUAUUCCUUUGACUGCAUUCACAGAAUUUAAUAAAAUUCAGUAUCUUCUUACUUUUGGGAUCGAAAACAUGUCCCUACAAAGUCAAAAUAACAUGUUUUUAUAGCACUAUGUACAUGACCACCCACCCAAACGCGCACACACACACAAACAGACACAAACAGGCCUACCUACAGUAUACCCUCUGUUGGAGAAAGCGUCAGGCUUUCCACUCCAACUCUGCACACACUAUUAAUUACGAGACAACACACUUAAAGUUUUACUUGCGCAAGGGUAACCACACUCUCUGCAUGCUAGGCUACAAACGAAUGUGUUACAAAGGGUGGUUGCCCUUGGCACCUUUAUUUAUAGUCAAUGGUGGGCAGGGGUCUUGGAGUGAGAACAAAGAAAGGACUGUGAGAGUAAGAAGAAGUUCUGGUUUUACUCAGGUGGACAACUAUUUAAACACGUGCUCAGGAUACGUGUAAACUAAUAUAAUCUAAAGUAUGAAGAUAAAGGAAAACAAAAUAAUGUAUAUACAUAUUUACACUCAUUGCUGAUUAUACAGAAAUGAUAACAAAUGAUUAAUAACAGUUUCUUCAACCUAACAGGUGUAAAACAGUACUGAACACACUUUACGUGUCCAGCCUUGGAUGUAACUUCAUUGUUGCAAUAAAGACUGAAUUCUGGAUACUACACAAGCGGCCCUCUGACUUCUGAUUUGGCGGGGAAGGAGAAAAAACCACGACAUAAAUUGGCGUCACGAACAGGAUCGGAGAAGAGACCUGGGGAGGCGACCACCUGGCGGAGAACCGGGAGACACCCGUCUGCAUUUGAGCGGCGCGCCCAAACAUAGCUAUUUCCAAACAGGAAAAGGAGAAAGCACAGAAAGAAGACACAGACUGGGAGGAGCCAGUCAUCUUUCCAGGAGAUAAAGUCUACCUGCGAGUGUUCCGGCGAAAGUGGCACGAGCCCCGACGAGAGGGACCCUUCAAGGUGACACGAGCCUCAGCAACAGCGGUACAGGCAGAAAGGAGUAACACGUGGUAUCAUUUGAACCACUGCACUAGAGUACUGCACGAAAGGCAGAUAGUCACUGAAACCAACACAGAGGAUGCAGCUGCCCUUGGCUCAGAUGGCCCUGAUGGAGCUCCCAGAGGAGCUCCACAACUUGGAGAGGAGCCAGUUUCAGGUUCAGAGCAGACUGAGGGUCAAGAGGGAGCGUCGCAAGCAGACCAGCCACUCCAGACAGAACACGAAGCUGUGGGUUCUGGUAGGGCUGACAGCGAUGAUAUUGGUGAUGCUAAUGAUAUAUCAGGCCCUUCAGGUCUGGGGGCACAGCAGGACCACAGGUCAGGUGAGUUCAGAACAAUUGACUUCACUGACUCAGCCUUGUCCUUUAAUGCUGAAUAACCUCUCAGAUAACAAUGAGCGAAAGCGGAGAGAGAUAGGGAGGAGAUAUGGGAGUGAGGAGAGUGAGCAAAUUGUAGAAUAUUACCAGGAUGAAAUAGACCUGGAAGGAUUAGCAAAACGUACGCUUGGAAAUUUGUGGUAUAAAUGGGCUAAGUAUACCGCUGCUUCAUUAGGACAGGAGGGUUGUGUGUUGCGUGCAGGUCCUGACCCUUCAGUUAGGGUAGUCCUGUUCCCAUACACUAAUAAACGGUGUGAAGAAUGGGAAAUGGAGAGGAUUAUGAGAUUCUGGAAGAGUCUGUGUCAGGAGGGGCAGGCUCCUGAGAAAGACUGCAGACCCAUAUCUAACCAGUCAGAGCGCAUACCAUACUGCCCCUAUAAGUGUCUGAUAUAUCAGGGAAAUACUAAAUAUGCUUACAGGGUGGAAAAGCAUUGUGGGCAGUUUAAGCCCUGGGAAGGGGGACAGCAAGAUAUUAUGGUGAACAAAUUGAGUUUUUUCAAGGGACUUAUUUAUGAGUGUUUUACAAAUGAUGGGCCAGAGGAGGUAGGCAUCUUCUGGGGAACCUGUGGAACUGUUUGGGAUGUGAAAGGUCCCCGAGUACCGAAUGGAGAACUAUCACGUGUUCCGCUGGAUGCGUUAGAAAACCAGAGUGUGCCCCUGGCAGAUGUGUGGUGCCUGUGUGGUAAAGAGGGUGGAUUGAGGCCUACUCUUCCCUAUAAUUGGGGAGGCCUCUGCACUAGGGUAAUGUUAGCAAGCCAGGCGGAUAUAUAUUCUAGAAGACGACCAUCUAGGUCCCGCAGAUUUGUUGCAAAUUAUGAGAAGGAUCCCAAUGUAUAUAUAGAUGCGAUUGGCCAGCCGAGGGGCAUUCCAGAGAAAUAUCAGGCGAGAAGUGAGAUAGCUGCUGGUUUCGAAUCAAUAUUAAUCUGGCCUACUCUUAACAAAAAUGUGGAAUGGAUAAAUUAUUUGUACUAUAAUCAGCAGAGGUUUACCAACUAUACUCAGGGGGCACUCGCAUCUCUGGGGGAGCAGCUUCAGGCCACCAGUCUGAUGACCUGGCAGAACAGGAUGGCCCUGGAUUGGCUCCUGGCAGAAAAAGGGGGAGUGUGUGUGCUGUUUGGGGAUCAGUGCUGUACGUUUAUUCCUAAUAAUACAGCCCCGGAUGGUUCCUUUACUGAGGCUAUGAGAAAGUUGCAGGGGUUACAGGAUGAGAUGGCAAGUAAUGCAGGACAACAUGACGGGUUGUUUGACUGGUGGUAUGAUAUGUGGGGCAAUUGGCAGCAAGCCCUUAUGAAAGCACUCUGUGUGGGUGCUGUGCUCAUUUUUGCUCUGCUACUAAUCUUUUGCUGUGUAGUUCCUCUUGUUCGCUCCCUAGUGGGGAGAGCACUGUCCCGGCAGGCAACUAUAGCUGCAAUGUCUAGAGUGGUGGGAGGACCGUUUGGAGCAGCAUCCUCCUGGACCAACACAGAAAUGGAUGGCGACAUAGACACCUUGGAUGCAGUCCUGCCCAUAGCUGAAGUUCGGCCAUUCCGUGUGUGAAUACUCCGAGCAGGAGACCUGCAGCGUGGCUGCCUCCCACGACAUCUGGGAUUUUUUCCGAUUAGGACAGACUGUCCGUUAUAAUAGUCUGCAAUGUUAUUAGUUAACCUUUUACUUAUCUUUGUAUUACAUAUAUCUGUUUUUGUAUUGGGUUUGUAAUAGAUUUUGUAGUCCUACUGUAUAUGCAAUAUAUCCAGGGGAGGUCAUUGUAUGGCGAUCCUCCCUUCCCUUUCCUGAUGUACCCCCUGUGCUGCCGUUGGUUGACUCUCAGUGUUAGUAGUUUGUGAGCCAUGCCUGCCAUGGACCCCGAAGGGGGGCCGCGCCUGUGGCGGGCUGGGAGUGGAAGUUCCCUGGGUCAUGGGGUUUUUGCCCUCCCUCCUAGGCUGGAUGGACAGGAUUGUGUGUGGGACUCCUUGGAGUCCCAAAGGGGGGAAAUAUAUGGAAUAUUAUUUAGCACUAUAUAACAUAGAAUACAAGUAUUAUGGUAUUAUUAAAAAGUAUGUGAAAUAUCCAUGAUGUAAUCAUUACAAUAUAAACAUUAUAAUGUAAUCAACACAACGUAAUCAACUGAGUAUGUAUUUGCACCUUUUGUUAGUCUGAGAUUCUGUUAGCUACUUUAUAUUAGUCCUGAAUCUAUGAAUAUUCACUUUUAUUAACGUAUAUUUUAUCACAAUGUUAAAGGACAAAUAUAUUAUCAACCUUUUAGUUAGACAAUGUGUAAAAGGCUGAAACUGCCUAGGUUUACUACUGAAGGAAGGGAUUCGCCUGAGUUCACCAGAAGUUCACGGCUGAGCAUUUUUAAAAACCCAAGUGGAGCUGCUCACGCCACCAUUAUGUUCAGCCGAGAGACCAAACGGUAAAAGAAAUGAUGGACAAACUUAUCACCUAGGGGUGUGGAUUAAGGGAAAAAACAAUUAUUGUGAAUGGCUGAAGGAAUGAUGAUGCUUAAGUGACGAGACAUUGUUAAAUGAUAAGAACUUAUAUAAAAAUUGGUGUAAAACAGUACUGGACACACUUUUACGUGUCCAGCCUUGGUUGUAACUUCUUUGUUGCAAUAAAGACUGAAUUCUGGAUACUGCACAA